AUGUCUCGCUCAUCAAGUAGAAUAGUUGUCUCAAUACUCACUUUGAAUUCACUGUUGCAAAUAUAUGAAACAUAACCCUUUGAAUUUAAUGAUUCUAACUUGAUGAUGUAGCAUCCUUAAUUAACUUCAAUAAUUCCUACAAAUAAAGUAUUUGAUUCUGAUAUCAAUAUAGAUGACAAACUUGUCAAUAGGAAUGUCAAUUUUAUUCUUGAUAGAUUGGAAAAAUAAAAUUCAUAUCCUUUCUUCAUUAUUCUUUGGAAUUUCAAUUAUAAUGCAAAAUUUCAAGUAAAUAUUUUUAAAAAAUAUACAAGCUUUCUACUACCAAAAACAUUAAACAUAAUCCAAAUCUAUUUUUAGUUACUGAUCAUCAUAUAGUAAAUAUUCUUUUAAACAAAAUAACUCUAUCUGCAUAUUAAAUCUCUAGAGUCCAAUAAAAAUGCAAUUAAUAUUACAAAAAUCAAUUAUUCUAAUUAAAGAAAGCUUCCUAAAGUCUCUAAAAAAGCUCAGAAAAUACAAUUAAAACUAGCAAAUAAAGAGAUGAAUGAAAAUUAAACCACAAUUACUUAGGGUAAAGUGGAUUUAGAACCUACUCUUAUAAAAAAUGAAUAAAAAGAAGAAUAAAUAAAUUAAUUAAUUCCAGAACAACAUAUAAGUGAAGCAGAUGCAGAAACGGAAAACUAAAAUGAAAUUAGCCAUUCAGAUUUUUCAUAAAUAUCUUCAUUUAAAGAAGAUUAAAGUACAUUAUUAUAAUAGUUAGUGUUAUAAAUCUAAUUGAAAAUUAAUGGCCAAAAUUAGCUUUUUUGUUGCACCUUUGAAACCUUUGAUACCAUAACUCAAAUGCUUUCAUGCACAUUUACAAAUAAUCAGAUAAAUUAAAUAAAAAUUCACAUAGUCCUUAAUCUCUAUGAUGAAAAUUAAGAAUGUAAUUCAAAGUUGUGGUGUAUCAAAAAAUUAUUAGCGCUUUAAUUAUGA